AUGGAGGGUCUAACCCGGAUCAUAAAACAGGCUACUUACUUGGACGUUUUUAAUGGAAUUCGGUGGUCGAAGGGGAAUGCGCUGAAUUUAAGACGGUUAUUGCGGGGUUUCUAUUUGAUUUCUGGCUUGAGGAUUAGUUCAAGGAAAAGCCGCUUUUAUGGUGUUGGUGUGAAUGACAAUGAAAUCGCUGAGAUGGUUUCGGAUUUGCGAGUGGCGUCAGGUCAUUUUCCUUUCACCCAUCUUGGUGUUCCCAUUGCGUCUAAUAUGAACCUCGUUAGAAGUUGGGAUCCGGUUUUAGAAAAGGUUCGAAAGAGUGGUCGGGGAUGGACUAAUGUUCCGGUCAAGAUUUCUAUAGGGAGUGCUUGGAAGCAAAUAGCUAGUGUACCAAGUUUGCUUCCAAUUGGAUCGGAUAAAGCCAUCAAAGCUAAUCUUCGGAAUGGGUCGACUAUUUUUUUCUGGUACGAUUGGUGGCUAUCGGAUGAUGUGUUGCAUAAAAAGUUUCCUCUACUUUUUGCAUUGGAAAAGAAUAAAGCUUGCUUGGUUUCGGAUCGGUUGCCAAGUUCUUCACAGCACUCGAAUUUUAAUGUGGGUAGCUCGAAUGAAUUCUCAGUAAAGAAUGUUAAGAAAUGUGUAUUUGAAGCAACAAAUGUUAUUCCAGCUUCUUCUUUUGAGUGGUGCAAUUGGGUCCCCAAGAAGGUGGUAGUAGUUGCGUGGCGAGCUUUUCUUGAUCUCCUCCCAACGGUUGAUGCAUUGUCUCGGCGAAACAUACACGUUGGUCCACAAUUGUGUAGCAUUUGUGAGACUAAUAUGGAGUCGGUUGACCAUUUAUUUACGGGUUGUCCGAUAUUUAUGGAGGUGUGGCAAUUGGUGUUUUCUUGGUGUCAAGUGCCGCCUUUCUUCGUGUUCCAUGUUCGGGAUUUGCUUUGUUUACACUUGACUGCUAAGAGUGGUACUCGUGCUAAAAAAGCGUUCUAUGGGGUUAUUUUAACGGCGUUUUGGAGUAUUUGGAAAGCUAGGAAUGAUCACAUUUUCAAUCAAAAGAAGGUGUCGGUCAGGAGAAUCAUGGAAGAGAUAAAGGUCAUGAGCUAUUUGUGGAUUACUAAACGCGGUAGGAUGACGGACAUGACUUGGGAUUCUUGGGGUAGAUUUGAUUCAUUAAAGAUGGGAUAG